CUUCGUGGUGGUCAUUAAAAGAUUUUCAGCCGGUUUUUCAUAAUUAUUAAGGAUUCAAUGAUGGUGCGCAAACACAAAUAAAAAUAAACGAAUGACAGCCAGUUGUUAUGGCGGAAAAUUGAAAUUCAAACUACGAUACCCAAGAAUUUAUUAAUAAAAAAUGGAGGACAUGAAAUCUAGAGAGCCAGUUUUACAUGCUGUUGUUAAAGAGUUUUUAGAGAGUGUUGGUUAUGAAGACACUAUCAGUGCAUACACUGAAGAAUUACAAAACAAUAAUAUUACUGUCAAUAUGGAUGCCUUACCAAGUCAAAUGGAAGAUGAAAGCAUAAAAAAAAAGGAAGCUUUUACAAAGUCAUUCAAAAAUGGAAAUUACAAAUCAUUUUGGUUACUGUGGAAAGAACACGUUUCGGAAUCACUGAAAAAUGAAAAUGACACUCAAAGACUUGAGUUUAAACUACAACUAUAUUUUGCAGUUUAUCCUAUGACUACAGAUGAGACACGUAUAACGCCUGUGGAAUCAUCUAUGCAAGAGUUUAAAAGCUAUUUGGAAACAAACGGAGCGUCACUAAGUCAAACAACUGAAUUUGUAACUUUCUACGCUCUUCCUUUCGUACCAAAUCCGAAAAGUCAUCCUACAUUUCAACCUUUAUUUGAGGAAACUUGGAGGGAUGAGUUAAAAGAAAGUUUGGAAAAAAUUUUAAAUGGUGCCUUGUUUGCAGAGCCGCUUCCUCAACUUUACAAGUUGCAUGUUGGAGCAGAUCGUAUGUUGCAUAAAGGAAAAGCAGAACAAGAGCAAGAACUAAAUGAUUUAAAAAAACAGUUGAAACUACAUGAAAAUCGAGCCUCUGAAUAUUUCAAAAAAUUCGCAAAACUUCAAGGAGAUUAUCACAACUUGAUUGGUAUUUCUGCUGAAUUGGUUGAUUCAUUAGAAAAGUGUGUCCGUGGUCAAAUGAUUACUCCAGAAUACCUACAAAAUAUUUGUCAAAGAUUGUUUGGCCAGACACCAGGCCAAAGUGUUGACUUGUCCAAACCAGGCACAACCUCAAACUUGUUGCGUGCAUCUAUAGCUAAUGACAACUUAUUGACUUCCACUUCACUAAAAGAUUCGCAUUAUCCUUCUCUUGACUACAAUAAAAUUCAGGUGGCAUUGGAAAGUGAUCUAGAUGAUAGGAAAAAAACCUUAUUACUUCAAGCAUUAAUAUGGCGCAUGACGAAAUCGGAUGCAGGGGAGCAGAGAGAUGGAGUGAUCACUGCGUACAUUUCAAAUGAUAUUCUUGGAUGUGAAAGUAAAGCUACUGUGUCUAGCUACGUUACUGAAAUAUUUGAAUCUUCUGUGGACAUGGUGAGCGAAUACCUUUCUCGAUUUAUCAACACUGUUGCAUCGUUUGCUGCAGGUCGUGUGUACUUAGCGCAGUCAGAACUUCUGAUAAAAAAGCUGGUGCGUAUGCUUAUGAAAACUAAGAAUGAAUCAUCUAUAAGUGAAAACGUGUUGGGAGCUCUACAAAAAUUGAGUUUAAGACGUCGUGUUCAAAGUACAUUAAUUGACUCAGCUGUAGUUGAGUGGUUAUUUAAAAUGUUGGAAGAGCCUGAUAAUCUAUCAGAUUAUGCUCUGGAAUACACAGUGGCUCUCUUAAUGAAUCUUUGUUUGCGUACCACAGGAAAAAAGAAAUGUUGUUUGCAUCCAGAAAAAAUUCUUAAGCUGUUAAUUGAUCUGCUUUCAUAUGAUAAUCAGGAGAUCCGCCCUUAUAUUAAUGGAACUUUGUACAGUAUACUUUCAUUGCCAUCAAUAAAAGCUGCUGCUGUGCAUAUGGGUUUGGAAGAAAUUUUAAACAGCUACAUGCAAGAUGAAACUCAGGAUCAACACCAGUUACGUUUUAUCAUAAAGCAAUUAAACACAGUGGAAUUGAGAUCAGAUGAUGAGGUGGAAUCUGAAGGGGAAGAUGAUGAUGACGAUGAUGAUGAUGAGGCAUGUUAUUAAAUUAUUUUAAUUUUUUAAUUUUUAAUUGUUUGUUUUAUUCGCCUUGUUUGUUUUUAUUUUCACUGAGUAUAGAAAUGACAGUGAAGGCUCCGUUAGAUACACAGAAAGAUGUAUUUU